GAUAAGUUCAGAAACAUGACUGAGGAGAAGAAGGCAAUUGUUAGGGAUCUCGGAUUUGGUGGGUUGAUGCACGUCCCACCUCUAAGGGUGGAUCACCAACUCUUAAGGGAACUGGCAAACAACUUCAAACUUGGGGAGAACAGACUGAAGACAGGAUAUGGUUCUUUCCAAAUAACACCAAAGACAAUAGGUGAUGCGCUUGGCAUCAAUGCAACAGGAAAUCUGUUUCCUGAGAAAGUUGAGUAUAAGCAACUUUCUGAUGAUGACAAAAUAAUUUAUAGAAGAUUCCAGGGUAAGACCCUCAAAAGUCUUACCGAUGAAAUGAUGGAAAUAGGCGUUGGCAAGAAGAGGACUGAAAGACCACCAAAGCCUUGGAUUGCCAGCUGGACUAAGGAGCAGUUGGUGGAAAGAAUGACUGCAGAAAGAGAAGAAAUUUUGAAUACCGGCUGUGAACUUGGGAAGUGA